AUGAUUAUUAAAAACGGUCGAAAACAGGAAAAGCGCUGGGGCGUUCUGGCUACCUGUCUGACAAUUCGAGCAGUCCAUCUUCAACUAGUACGCUCAUUGACGACUGAUUCUUGUAUCUUAGCCAUACGCAACAUCAUGUGCAGGCGUGGCGUCCCUAUAACCAUUUACAGCGAUAGAGGGACAAAUUUCAUCGGAGCCGAUAAGGAGUUAAAACGCACUCUAGAAAAUGUUAACCAAGACAGACUUAUGGAAGAAUUUGUAACAUCGGAGACGCAGUGGUCCUUCAAUCCACCAGCCUCUCCCCACAUGGGGGGAGCCUGGGAAAGGCUCGUUAGAAGCGUGAAAACGAACUUAGCCAAGCUCAAACCAAAUCACGCCCCGACCGAAGAGAUCCUCGAAAAUAUGCUCAUCGAGAUCGAAAACGUGAUAAAUUCAAGGCCCCUUACUUACGUGCCGACUGAUGAUGAUAGUUCACCGGUGCUUACUCCUAACCACUUUAUUUUAGGAUCCUCAAAUGGAUUGAAACCAUUUGUUCCCUUUGACGACAGCGCCCUGGCGUUGAAGAAAGGAUGGCAGCUAUCACAGCUCAUGGCUAACGUGUUCUGGAAAAUGUGGGUACAUGACUACCUACCUACUCUCACUCGCCGUUCAAAAUGGUUCUCUGAAGUCAAACCAAUUGAAGUGGGGGACAUAACUGUCAUCGUAGAUCCUAAUCUUCCCAGAAACUGUUGGCCGAAGGGCCGAGUUAUAAGGACGAUAGCGUCACCGGAUGGAAGAACUCGGAAAGCAGUGGUGCAGACUAUAAGCGGAAUUUACGAACGCCCGGUAGCAAAGCUCGCUGUUUUAGAUGUUGGCGACACGGAUAGAGUACGCGAGAAUCUACGUCUCCCGUACACUACGGGGGGGACUGUUGAUAACGCCAACCAAAUCAACGAGCCCCUUGCCCUUAGUUCCCGAAACGUCAAAGUCAAGUCCGGGAGCUCGUCACUCGCUUCUGUCAAGCCCGACAAGACGACAGGACGUUUGGAGGAGUGA